AUGGUAUAUGCUAUUUUUUUAUUAAGCAUUAUUCUUGUUUUAGGUUUUAUGAGUUUUUCUUCAAAACCUUCGCCUAUUUAUGGGGGUGUUGGACUUAUUAUCAGUGGGGCAGUAGGUUGUAGUAUUAUUAUGGGGUUUGGGGUUUCUUUUAUGGGUUUAAUAGUUUUUUUAAUUUAUUUGGGUGGAAUGCUUGUGGUAUUUGGUUAUACUACGGCUAUAGCUACUGAAGAGUAUCCCGAGACUUGAGGCUCUAGUAUUGUUAUUUGAGGUGCCUUGUUGUCGGGGAUUUUGAUAGAAUCAUUAUUAAUGGUUUGAUUGUUGGAGCAUGAUGGAAUGGAAGUAGCAGUUGGUUUUAAUAAUUUAGAGAGUUGGAUCAUAUUUAUGGAUAAGGGAUUUAGUAUUAUUCGUGAGGAUUCUUUGGGUGUAUCGGCACUUUAUAAUUAUGUUAAUUGAUUUAUAGUGGCUGCUGGUUGAGCUUUGUUUGUUAGUGUAUUAAUUGUAAUUGAAGUUAUUCGGGGAAAGUAA